UCAGAGUUUCCUGUCCACCAUUUUUGUCCCUGGCAAAGUGGGUUUUGCGCAGUGGCUUAGACCUGGAGAAGGAGUCGUGACGUGCAGGAAACCAUUACAACACCGCUCGGGCCGUGCUCUCUGGCUGCUGCCGCCACCCCCGCCCUCGCCUCCGGUGCACAUUAAAGAUCCAAAACCAUGACUGACUCCAAGUACUUCACAACCAAUAAAAAAGGAGAAAUCUUUGAAUUAAAGGCUGAACUCAAUAAUGAAAAGAAAGAAAAGAGGAAGGAGGCUGUGAAGAAAGUGAUUGCUGCCAUGACUGUGGGAAAGGACGUUAGUUCUCUGUUUCCAGAUGUAGUGAACUGUAUGCAAACUGACAACCUGGAAUUAAAGAAACUUGUUUAUCUCUAUUUGAUGAAUUACGCCAAGAGUCAGCCAGACAUGGCCAUCAUGGCUGUCAACAGCUUUGUGAAGGACUGUGAAGAUCCCAAUCCUCUAAUUCGGGCCUUAGCAGUCAGGACCAUGGGGUGCAUCCGGGUGGACAAGAUUACAGAAUAUCUCUGUGAGCCUCUCCGCAAGUGCUUGAAGGAUGAAGAUCCCUAUGUUCGGAAAACAGCAGCGGUCUGUGUGGCAAAACUCCAUGAUAUCAAUGCCCAAAUGGUGGAAGAUCAGGGAUUUCUGGAUUCUCUGCGGGAUCUCAUAGCAGAUUCAAAUCCAAUGGUGGUGGCUAAUGCUGUAGCAGCAUUAUCUGAAAUCAGUGAAUCUCACCCAAACAGCAACCUACUCGAUCUGAACCCACAGAACAUUAACAAGCUGCUGACAGCCCUGAAUGAAUGCACUGAAUGGGGCCAGAUUUUCAUCUUGGACUGCCUAUCUAAUUAUAACCCUAAAGAUGACCGGGAGGCUCAGAGCAUCUGUGAGCGUGUAACUCCCCGGCUGUCUCAUGCCAACUCAGCAGUGGUGCUUUCAGCGGUAAAAGUCCUAAUGAAGUUUCUAGAGUUGUUACCCAAGGACUCUGACUACUACAAUAUGCUGCUGAAGAAGUUGGCCCCUCCACUUGUCACUUUGCUGUCUGGGGAGCCAGAGGUGCAGUACGUCGCCCUGAGGAAUAUCAAUCUAAUUGUCCAGAAAAGGCCUGAAAUCUUGAAGCAGGAAAUCAAAGUCUUCUUUGUGAAGUACAAUGAUCCCAUCUAUGUUAAACUAGAGAAAUUGGACAUCAUGAUACGUUUAGCAUCCCAAGCCAACAUUGCUCAGGUUCUGGCAGAGUUAAAGGAAUAUGCCACAGAAGUGGAUGUUGACUUUGUUCGCAAGGCUGUGCGGGCCAUCGGGCGGUGCGCCAUCAAAGUGGAGCAAUCUGCAGAGCGUUGUGUGAGCACAUUGCUUGAUCUCAUCCAGACCAAAGUAAAUUAUGUGGUCCAAGAGGCAAUUGUCGUCAUCAGGGACAUCUUUCGCAAAUACCCCAACAAGUAUGAAAGUAUCAUUGCCACUCUGUGUGAGAAUUUAGACUCGCUGGAUGAACCAGACGCCCGAGCAGCUAUGAUUUGGAUUGUGGGAGAAUAUGCUGAGAGAAUUGACAAUGCAGAUGAGUUACUAGAGAGCUUCCUGGAGGGUUUUCAUGACGAGAGCACCCAGGUGCAGCUCACUCUGCUUACUGCCAUCGUGAAGCUGUUUCUCAAGAAACCAUCAGAAACACAGGAGCUGGUACAGCAAGUCUUGAGUUUGGCAACACAGGAUUCUGAUAAUCCUGACCUUCGAGACCGGGGCUAUAUUUAUUGGCGCCUUCUCUCAACGGACCCUGUCACAGCCAAAGAAGUAGUCUUGUCUGAGAAGCCACUGAUCUCUGAGGAGACAGAUCUUAUCGAGCCAACUCUGCUGGAUGAGCUGAUCUGCCACAUUGGAUCUUUGGCUUCCGUGUACCAUAAGCCUCCCAAUGCUUUUGUGGAAGGAAGUCAUGGAAUCCAUCGCAAACACUUGCCAAUACAUCACGGGAGCACUGAUGCAGGUGACAGCCCUGUUGGCACCACCACUGCCACGAACCUGGAACAGCCUCAGGUCAUCCCCUCUCAAGGUGACCUUCUAGGAGACCUUUUAAACCUUGACCUCGGUCCCCCAGUCAAUGUGCCACAGGUGUCCUCCAUGCAGAUGGGAGCAGUGGAUCUCUUGGGAGGAGGACUAGAUAGUCUGCUUGGCAGUGACCUUGGCGGGGGCAUUGGAGGAAGUCCGGCAGUGGGACAGUCCUUCAUCCCCUCAUCAGUGCCUGCAACCUUUGCUCCUUCACCUACUCCUGCUGUGGUCAGCAGUGGUCUGAAUGACCUGUUUGAACUCUCCACGGGAAUAGGCAUGGCACCUGGUGGAUAUGUGGCUCCUAAGGCUGUCUGGCUUCCUGCAGUAAAAGCUAAAGGCUUGGAGAUUUCCGGAACAUUUACUCACCGCCAAGGGCACAUCUAUAUGGAAAUGAACUUCACCAACAAAGCUUUGCAACACAUGACAGACUUUGCAAUCCAGUUUAACAAGAAUAGCUUUGGUGUCAUCCCUAGCACUCCUCUGGCCAUCCAUACACCACUGAUGCCGAACCAGAGCAUUGACGUCUCCCUGCCUCUCAACACCUUGGGCCCAGUCAUGAAGAUGGAACCUCUGAAUAACCUACAGGUGGCUGUGAAAAACAAUAUUGAUGUCUUUUACUUCAGCUGCCUCAUCCCACUCAAUGUGCUUUUUGUAGAAGAUGGCAAAAUGGAGCGCCAGGUCUUCCUUGCCACAUGGAAGGAUAUUCCCAAUGAAAAUGAACUUCAGUUUCAGAUUAAGGAAUGUCAUUUAAAUGCUGACACUGUUUCCAGCAAAUUGCAAAACAACAAUGUUUAUACUAUUGCCAAGAGGAAUGUGGAAGGGCAGGACAUGCUGUACCAAUCCCUGAAGCUCACUAAUGGUAUUUGGAUUUUGGCUGAGCUACGUAUCCAGCCAGGAAACCCAAAUUAUACGCUGUCACUGAAGUGCAGAGCUCCUGAAGUCUCCCAGUACAUCUAUCAGGUCUACGACAGCAUUUUGAAAAACUAAUAGACUGGUCCGGGGCCCUCCGGCCACGCUGUGAUUGGUGCAAAGCCAAGAACUCUUAACUGGAAGAAGUUGUAUUGCCGUGUAGAAUCUGAACCCAAACACACUGAGGCCGCCCACCAAGGUAGUGACUAGUGUAAUCUGUGCUAACAUUAGGGCACAACCUGUUGGAUAGUUUUAGCUUCCUGUGAACAUUUGUAACCACUGCUUCGAUCACGUCCCACCUCUUGCCACCUGCCGCUGCGAUCUGUCCUUACUUGUGAGCUUCUCCGUAGUGUGCCAGUGGCUGGCAUUUUUGAGUGUAGUUUGAUAUUUUGUAAUUGAGAGCUCAUUUCAAAAGCAGAAAAAGACAAAAAAUAUUAAAGCAAGGAAAAGUGUCACUGAAACAUAAACUGCACUUUAUUGUUUUAUAUUUUUGUACAUACGAGAAGGAGAGGGAAUAGCGUCAUCCCUGGUAGAAAGUGUUAAAACAACUGACCGCCAGGAACCACACAGUCCUGGAGGAAGAGAUGUGGUUCUUUGCCCACCCUGGGAGGGGUUCCUUAUCCGUGGCCACCUUGUCCCUUGUCAUUUGGGUUUUCACUUUUUUUUCUGUCUCCAAACUCCCUUUCCUUGUAGUUCCACCUACCCCGUGUUACCUCAUUUGAUAGCUCUGCAGUUGGGAAUGGGGGUCUUCCUUGUCAGGUGCUUUGGGGGCAGCAUAUAGGACCUCUCGGUCCUACAGCUUAGAGAGAUUAGAACUUAAUACAUUCCUUUCCCUCCAUCUAACACACAGAUCACGCUGACCAAGGAGUUUUUGUAGAGAUGGGGAACAGGAACCAAAAUGGGCUUCCCUCACUCCCUUCCCUGGAUUUAAUUUAAUUCUCAGGUCCAAUUCAGAUCAAAAAUCAUGGUUUUAGUGUUAAAACAGACUUUAACUAAUAACACCAGCCCUGUUUUUCCUAAAAUGGAAAAAGACAAAAGGCAAAAGACAAAAGGUAAACAGAUGUUAGCUGCCUGAGGCCUUUUAGCUGUUGGGCGGGGUGGAGACUUGGUCUCCUAAAUCCCCAUCAGUGUUGUUUUCACUACAGGAGUGUCUCACUGAUUUUCCUUUCUUCAAUGCCUUUCUCUUCCCCUCUCCGUGCCUGCUCCUUUAUGGCUCUUCUCAUACUCCACACUGAUUUUGGCAGUCCGUUCCUUGGCAUCAGGUGGCAGCAGAGUAUCUCUCUUCACUGGAAGGUACCCCCAGAUGCCAGAGUGAGAGCGUACACUUUCCCCACGUGCUCCUGGAGCCCCAGUUCCUGAGGCCAGCAGGGCGGGUGCAGAUCAAGUGAGACGGGGUGUGCUCAGAGAGGCCACAGACUCCAUCCCAUUAGCUUUCUGAUCUGCCCUAUUACUUAGGCUCCACAGCAGUUGGGACCAUCUCAGAGGGUCAGGCAAUCUUGUCCUCUCUCAGAAGGUGGGAGGUGUGAAAUCCCCUUCCUUAACACUUUGGGUGUGUUUUGCCAAAGGAUGCUUUGGGUCCAAAGCACCAACUGUAGCAGCGUCCACACUGUUACAUCUGUGGGCACUUGUCACACUGCCUGGUACCCAGUAUUCAGGAUCUAUGAACAUGACCGCUCUUCUCAGCUGCCCUAUACAAGUAACAGGCACUUUGGGGCUCAAAGGACUCACGUUGAACUCAGACCUCAGAGUGAGUGCCAAGAAGAGGAAUCCUAGAAAACAAGAGCAGAAGCCACCCCAGAGUCCAAUCAUGUCUUAAAUGACCCUGAUUCAUACUAGCUACAGAGCUUGGGGGGAGUGGGUCCCC